CAUUUCCUCUCAUAUGUUUGUUUUGAUUCAACAGAAAUUAUGAAAUGUAUCCACCGUAUCCACUAUUUGUAAGCUAGAGUGCUUCUGUUUUAACCGGAGCAAUGAUCUUCAAAAAUAUACACAAAUUUCGCCCGGCAGUUCACCUGCAUUCGGCGAAAACGCGUCUCGUAAGCAGCCAGGCAAAUAUUAGCGAGAAAAGCAUCGAUCUGUACAGCCAGAGAUACGAGCGCGAUGAAUGGACAAAUAUCACCCCGAAAAUUGUGUCACACUUUGAUAGGAAUCUACAUCUGCAGUUGAAUCAUCCACUAUCAAUUAUCCGGAAAAAGAUUGUCAACUACUUUUAUAGUGCCUAUCGGAGUCCACGGGGUAAUCCACUGUUCAGUGUUUAUGACAACUUUAGUCCGGUGGUAUCAGUUGAGCAGAAUUUCGAUAACUUGCUCAUUCCGAAGGAACAUCCAAGUCGAGCGAAGAGCGAUUGUUAUUAUGUCAAUAGGAAUUAUCUUUUGCGUGCGCACACCACUGCCCAUCAGACUGAACUCAUCCAAGCCGGUCUAGAUAAUUUUCUAGUGGUAGGAGAUGUAUAUCGCCGCGAUGAGAUUGAUGCCACCCAUUAUCCGGUAUUCCACCAGAUGGACGGUGUUAGAAUUAUCCAUCAAGACAAGCUUUUCGAAAGAACGCCUGAACUGAAGGUAUUUGAAACGUCCUACAAAACCCACUUUAACAAAGAUGCAAGCUCUCUUUCGAGUUGCAUCGAUCAUCACAAGCAACCUUGCCACACACUGGAAGCAGUGAAACUGUGCGAGUACGAAAUGAAACGGGUUCUUGGGGGAAUUGUAAAGGAUCUGUUCGGAGAUAAAGUGGAGCAUCGAUGGGUCGAGACAUAUUUCCCCUUCACGCAGCCCUCGUGGGAAUUGGAAAUUUUCUUCAAAGGAAAGUGGUUAGAGAUUCUCGGUUGUGGAAUCAGUAAAAAUGAGAUCCUAGAAAAAGCAGGUGUUGAUAACUCGAUUGCAUAUGCCUUUGGAGUUGGGCUCGAACGACUAGCUAUGGUAUUAUUCGAUAUACCGGAUAUUAGACUGUUCUGGAGCACUGACAGCGGCUUUUUAAACCAAUUCAAGAAUGGUGAAAUUAUUAAGUAUAAGCAAAUCUCCGCUCAUCCGCAAUGCACGAAUGAUCUUUCGUUUUGGCUGCCCGAACACCUAAACCUUGACAGCUUUGCAGCAAAUGACUUCUACGACUUGGUGCGGACCGUUGGGGGAGAUGUGAUAGAACAGGUAACGCUCAUUGACCGCUUUAAACAUCCAAAAACUGGUAAGUCCAGUCUUUGCUUCCGAAUUGUGUACCGACACAUGGAGCGAACCCUCACACAGGCAGAAGUUAAUGAUAUUCAUUCUAAAAUUGCCGCUGAGUUGGUGAAGGAUUUCAAUGUAGUCAUAAGAUAAGCUGGAACCUGAGAUCAACCCUCUAACCUACAAUAUCGACCUCACUCGCGGUAAAUCGGUUUGCUCGAGCACUAUAACAUCAAGUUUGUCUAGUGGAAUACUGACUGAUCAUAGGGUGAAAUUACUUGAUGCGUGACCGACCAGAGCAUUUUAAUUCGGUUCGCUCUUCGGGAAAGUAAGUCGUAAGUCGUAAGUGAAUGGAUUAGCAGAUAAACGUACCUGUUCGAUAAAAAAAAAGAUCGAAUGGAAUUUUCGAAAUGUA